CAAGACACCGAGUUGGAAACUCAAAGGCAGUUGCUCGACAAAAUCCACGAGGUUAGGCCCUACUUCUCUCCGUCCCUCUACGUCCGAUCCCUUCUUUCUCCGACAACAAUCAUGGUCAGAAUCGAAGCUGAGGCGGCCGAGCGAAUGGAGGAGAUCAUAAGAGAACAUGUUCAUCCCGUUGCAAAGGAAGCGCUUAGGAUUUGGAUGGAUCAAUGUGCUUGUGUGAAGAGAGAGGUGUCGCAGACCGAGAGAGAUUAUCUUCGAAAGAUGGAUGAGGUUGUGAAGACGAACACCAUUGAGGCGGAUUUGGCUUCGAGCUUGCUUAGGUUGUUUGGACCUAAAACUGCCGACCGAGUACAAGCCGCCAUUCGUGCAGUGUAUUUCUCUACUUGA